AAAAAAAACAAAAAACCAGCCAGAACACGGCUUUGACCCUCCCACUAACGGUCCCUCCUCCUCUGGCCCCAGGCGGUCGCAGGACUCUGGUUUCCGGCCUUCGGAGGACUACAAUUUCCAGUAUGCCCUUGGUGGGAAGUCUUUCUCGAUGGAUGACUACCAAUCCCGGCAUGACAUUCGGCUCACUAAUAACUCCGAGGACAGCGUGGGAUGACCCCGUUGUACGCCGGGAAUUGUAGUUUAGUAGCCGUGGGCUGGCAGAUGGGUGGGGAACAGCCCGCCAGUUCUUGUCCGCUAAGGGGAAUGAUUCAUAGAGUGUCAGGAGGGACAGUUCUGCUUGUGAAAGGCCAGUACGAAGCUGAACUCUUCUCCAAGGCUGGUAGGCCGAGGAGAGUAGGCAGGGGCUGGGCCUGACCCGGUCCCUGGCGGCUCGUCAGGCCUCCGCCGAGCCCUGGGCCUUGCAGGGGGAGGCCUCGAGGCGCCGGUUGCUGGGGGAGCGGUGACGUCUCGGGGUGAAAGUUGAGGGGCGGUGACGUACGGCUGCCCGGGCGGAGGCUGGCGGGUUGGAGACUGGAGGGAGGGAGGGAAGGAGGGAAGGAAGGAAGCUGGGAAGGAGCGAGGUAGCGGGGGCGCGAGGCGUUUACCUGGGAGGCAGCGGCUGGGGCGCGCACAGCGGCCGCGGCUCCCCCGCACCUGCGGCCAUGGAUGAAGAGCGCGCCCUCUACAUCGUCCGGGCCGGCGAGGCGGGGGCUAUCGAGCGGGUCCUGAGGGAUUACAGCGACAAGCAUAGGGCUACUUUCAAAUUUGAAUCAACAGAUGAAGAUAAAAGAAAGAAACUCUGUGAAGGUAUAUUUAAAGUCCUUGUAAAGGAUGUCCCAACAACAUGUCAAGUGUCCUGCCUGGAAGUACUCCGCAUUCUCUCCAGAGACAAAAAGAUUUUAGUUCCUGUAACAACUAAGGAAAAUAUGCAAAUACUGCUGAGACUAGCCAAGCUGCAUGAGUCGGAUGAUUCUUUGGAGAAGGUGUCAGAGUUCCCGGUUAUUGUAGAAUCGUUAAAGUGUCUGUGUAACAUCGUGUUCAACAGUCAGAUGGCCCAGCAGCUCAGCCUGGAACUGAAUCUUGCUGCAAAGCUCUGUAACCUCCUGAGAAAGUGCAAGGACCGAAAAUGUAUCAAUGACAUAAAGUGCUUUGACUUGCGCUUGCUCUUCCUCUUGUCACUUUUGCACACUGACAUCAGGUCACAAUUGCGCUAUGAGCUCCAGGGACUCCCGCUGCUAACCCAGAUCUUGGAAAGUGCCUUUAGCAUCAAGUGGACCGAUGAGUAUGAAUCGGCCAUAGACCAUAAUGGACCUCCUCUCUCACCUCAGGAGACAGACUGUGCCAUUGAGGCCCUCAAAGCGCUCUUCAAUGUGACGGUAGACAGUUGGAAGGUGCAUAAAGAGGGUGAUUCUCAUCAGUUCCGUGUCAUGGCAGCUGUCCUUCGCCAUUGUUUACUAAUCGUAGGUCCAACUGAAGACAAAACAGAAGAGCUGCACAGCAAUGCCGUCAACCUUUUAAGCAAUGUUCCAGUCUCUUGUUUGGAUGUUCUCAUUUGUCCAUUAACCCAUGAAGAAACAGCUCAAGAGGCGGCGACUCUAGAUGAACUGCCCAGUGAUAAAACAGCCGAGAAAGACACCGCUCUGAAAAACAAUACCCUGGUAUACAAUGGCAUGAAUAUGGAGGCCAUUUAUGUUUUACUCAAUUUUAUGGAGAAGAGAAUUGACAAGGGAAGCAGCUAUAGAGAGGGUCUAACUCCAGUUCUCAGCUUAUUAACAGAGUGUUCUCGAGCCCAUCGGAAUAUCCGAAAAUUUCUCAAAGAUCAGGUUUUACCGCCAUUGAGGGACGUGACAAACCGACCUGAAGUUGGCUCAACUGUGAGGAAUAAGCUGGUGCGCCUCAUGACACACGUUGACCUUGGAGUCAAGCAGAUUGCUGCGGAGUUUCUUUUUGUCCUUUGCAAAGAGAGAGUGGACAGCCUGCUGAAGUACACUGGCUAUGGGAACGCCGCAGGACUGCUGGCGGCCAGGGGCCUCUUGGCUGGAGGAAGAGGAGACAAUUGGUACUCGGAGGACGAGGACACGGACACUGAAGAAUACAAAAAUGCAAAACCAAACAUUAAUCUUAUCACUGGUCAUUUAGAGGAACCAAUGCCAAACCCUAUAGAUGACAUGACAGAAGAACAAAAAGAAUAUGAAGCCAUGAAACUUGUCAACAUGCUUGAUAAACUCUCCAGGAGAGCAGAUGUGAAGGCGCUGCACCAGGAUGGUGGUUAGCGACAGUGGCCCGUGCCAAAGCACUUUCCAAAGUGAUGACUAAGACUUUGAAAGCAAAACUAAGGCCCUGCCCUCCAGCAGGAGACUGGAAUGGUGGUGUGUAGGUAGGAAGUCAGUCCAGUGUGCCCAGCACGGCUGCCCGCGCUGAGGAGCACUCACGCACUGAGGAGCCUUCACACAGCGUUGGCAAAGGACACCUUAUAAUGACAGUUUUGUUUCCAUUCCUCUAAUCCCCUUAUUGACACCAGAUGAAUUGAUCUCAGACUCCACUCUCACUCCAGCACUGUUUAUCAAGGCACUUUGCCUGUUUGCUUAUCCCAAUGAAAACUGUUUUCAGUUGCGUGCAAACAAAUCAAUCAAUCAAUCAAUCAAUCAAUCAAUAACCAUGCUUCCCAUCUCACCCCCGUUUUUGCCAGCCAUAUUGGUAUAUGCGACAUGGCUUUCUUAAUGCUGGAAUCAAAUGAAAGGUUAUGAGUGAUUUAUUCCUGAAAGUAACUUACAUAACUUUUUUUCAUAUAAAUAUUGCUUUAUCUUACAAAAAUACCAAAAUCUGUAAUUGCAUAUGCCUUUGUGAGGAGUUAGUCUAGGGUAUGCUUUUUGGGUGCAUUUCAGAAACACAACCCACCCUUUUAAAGCAUUGUAAGACCUGAUGUAGGCACCAGAGCUCAAAGAUCAUAAUGGUUAGGUGAGAUCGUUUGGAUCUGCACUGUCCAUUGUAGGAACCACUAUUUCAUGACUACUGAACACUUGAGAUAUGGUUAUUCCAAAUUAGGAUGUCCUCUAAAGACAAAUAGAGAAUGCAAAGUGUCUCAUUAAUUAUUUAGAUUGUGUGUUUAAAAUGACCGAUUUUUGUAUGGGGUUAAACAAAAUACAUCACUGGAAUCAAUUUCACCUCACUUUACUUUUCUGUCUAGCUAGUUAGACAUUGGAUAUCAAUAUGCAGCUUCUGUAGUGUCUUGGCUCGUAUUUCUGACAUACAGCACUGUUCUCCAUCAUUAAGGUUCCAUGAAAACUCCAUUUGGGAGCUCGGUACUGUAUAUACUGACCCAAGAAUGAGAGACCUGCUUUGAGAAGCUCUAGUCUGUGCAUCUUUGGGUAUAGAGGACCAACUUGGUGGCUGGACAUUCGAGCAGGCUGCCGUUUGCCCUUUGUGGUCCUUCUUGGAAGUCACUGAGUGCUUGGUUAAAGCACAAGCUGCUAUGGCUCUGGACAGUUAGCAAACGUGAAAUAGAAAUAGCCUCCUCCUGGUUGCCGCCCUUCCAAGUUCCGUCUUCCUGGCUGGAAGAAGGCAUGGGCUUCUGUUUGUGCUGCUCCCUUCGACAGUUCGCUGGCAUGCAGACCUCACCUCAUUUGUUCAUUUAGACAACAGAGCAGAAACGCUCUAUAACAAAGUCACCAAGAGAUAAUAAAACACGCCAUUAUUUAAGGAUAAAACUAAACUGUAUGCUUCUAGCAGUAGCCCUAACCUCAUCCUCUAAUGUGUUCUUAGCUGUGCUAACUAACACGAGGCCGGAGCAGACUUUUAGAAGCUUUGCAUGCUAUCUUCUAACAGAAAUGAGAAUAAUAAAAAACUAACUUAGUGCUUCAAAAUGUAAAAGAUGCUUCUGUAUGUGCUCCCUGUUGAUCAUCAAGACAAUGCUGUGAUCUGAUUAGGGUGGGAGGUAUUUUAUUAAGGAGUGAGGCAUCAGAGCUUAAGUGACUGACACCCUCCAGAACACCUCACUUUCAAAACUCCCGAAUAUUACGCUAUUUUGAAAAAUUACCAACCACUCUUGAGAAGUUUGUUGGUCUGAUUAUUUUUAAAUGAGACAUAAGUUUUAAACAAAGCACCAAAGACCAACAGUGAGUGUGUUUACUUUGUCAGACCGCAGAUUAUAGUGGAGAUGCAUCACACACCCCGACUUCCUACUCCAUAUCAGAUAUUACGUCAUUGGUUAAAGAACUAGUUUUAUGAGGGAAACAGUAAAAGUUCUAAGACCCUUUGUUAGAACUGGGUUUUACAUUGUUUUUGAAAGAGAAUGAGUAUUCUAACAGAUCCACACACAUGUCAUCACACUACUAAAUCUUAACUGUAAAUGGCUUCUCUGUGGGAAUUUUUAGACAGUUCCCAAUCCCAUCCAAGUGGAAGGGUGUGGUGCUCUGAGCAGUACAUCAUCUCCAUUUGUCUUGGGGUUGACAUAUUUACACAGCAUACUUUGCUUUCCCGUCAGUGCCAAACUUAGAAUGUAAGGGGAAGAGCUGAAGGGGAGGAAUUAUCUGGAAGAUGCAGUUGGAAGACCUUUUAGUUGCUGUGGAGAAGUCACCAUUCCCAUUAUUCUUUCUCUGUCAGUGUCCUGGUGAAAGAGCAGUGUAACCAGUUGCACUAGGAAGCCAUUAGAGAACAG